AUGUGUAUAGUCCUAUCAGAUGGUUGGCUGAAGACAGAGAUAAAGCUGCGGCAAUCAACAUACACUGCCACCUGUGUUCUGCAUUUGGUCGGGAUAAAAGGCCCAGCCUUCCACUUUCUUUCGUUUUCUGUUCUGGGCUGCAAUAUACCCUCAACCAUAAUCGUUUUAUAUUUAAUGUCAUAUGUCAUGUCAGAUUUAUCUUCGUCAUCACCGAGUAGUGACGAGGAGACUACACGAUGGAGCCCGUGCUUGAGUGCCGACGACGUUAGGGUCUACUACCCGCGUGACGUAGAUUGGGAAGAAGAACACUCCAAAUUAUGCCAUGCAAUCAGAGAUGCAACUCGCCGCUCUACCACUGUCAUAUUUACAACAGCAAAAGUAAUCGACACCUGUAAAUCCCCAGAUAAAUACAUUUACUUUCCCGAUGACUUCUACCCCGUCGUCAACGGCGAUAUCAACGGCUCCUUCCAUUCGAAAUAUAUCAUCGACGAAGAGGGCAAGAUAGCAAGUCACAUAUCAUGGAGCUGCUUCAAAAUCAAAAACAUCAAUAUUGACAAAAAAUCCCCAAAAAUCGAAUACAAUUGGCUCCAAGUAGCAGUCCUGGUACAUUUCCACGCAAAAACCGGCCGGCAAGUAAUCUUCUUCAUCGACCUCCCCAGCGACCACGAAGAUUCAGUGAUCAAAAAGUCACUAUUUUACUCCCUCCAAGACAGCGAGAACCCAUUCAUCUGGCACACGAUCCUCUCUCGCCAAGCAAAGUCUCUCUACGAUAAUACAGUGUGGUCUGUACGAGACCUUGUACGGCCAGUGGAAAAGGCACGCAACAAACCUAACCCCCCAGCACCUAAUUUCCCCAAUCUUCACGACAUCGCGCGUCAUGUCUCUCAUGCGAAUGAGAUUCUACACGUCGCUGAGCAUACGCUGGACCGGCUGGUCCAAGCACAGAUAUCCUGGAAAACGGAAUAUUAUGACAGUAAUACUGGGUCUGCCAAGCGGAAUCGCAUGGUCUGCCUUCAGAAUAAGCAGGAUCUGCUCUUUCUGGCCAAGGAGAUACAUUGUCUGAAGACGAGGUCUGCAUCGCUGAGUGAGCGGUUGCAGAACGAAAUCAAUUUGGCAUUCAACAUUGUCUCCCAGAACCUAGGAACAAACGCCCAAGGCGACAACGCUAUGAUGAAAACCAUCGCAAUCGUCAGUUUGCUCUACGUGCCAGGGUCCUUUGUUUCGAGCGUCUUCGGAAUGAACUUCUUUGACAUGGGAUCAGAGAGCGAGUUCACCGUUUCAAACAAAUUCUGGAUUUACUGGGUCAUUACGAUUCCUUUGACGGCUGUCACGGUAUUGAUUUGGGCGAUAUGGCAUUGGUCUGAUAAGAUUCGCAGGCCACGGUGGCCGCAUUUGGUGCAUUGGAGUUAG